AUGAAGCCCCUUAUUCCUCUUCUACUCUGCUUGUUGACAGCCGGAAGCCCUUGCAGCUGUCUCCAAGAAUUUCAUACUCCUUUGCCCUCACCUAGCAGGAAAGAAACCUCCGGCCAAGUUAACAGAUUUGACAAGACUUGUGAAGGGAACGAUUUCAACAACCGACAAGAUUGGUGCGGCUUCGGUAUAAACACAGAUUAUACAACCAUUUCACCAGACACCGGCGUCAUCCGCGAAUUCUGGCUCGAACUCGACCAAUUAUACCUAGCACCGGAUGGCAGGACAAGAUGGACUCUGGCAAUAAAUGGUACGAUACCGGGCCCGACUAUUGAGGUCAACUGGGGCGACACAGUUGUCGUUCACCUUUUGAAUAAAAUACCCAGUACUGUCCGCAAUGGGACCAGCAUGCACUUCCAUGGCAUCCGCCAACACUAUACAAAUCCGAGCGAUGGUGUUGUCUCAAUUACUCAGUGUCCAAUCAGACCCGGGGAGAGAAUGACAUACCGCUGGCAUGCGACCCAAUAUGGAACAACCUGGUAUCAUUCACACAUCGGACUGCAGACAUGGGAAGGGGCCUUUGGUGGUAUCAUUAUCCAUGGACCCGCGAGUGCAAACUACGACGAUGAUAAGGGUGUAAUUUUCUUGAAUGACUGGGAUACAAGAACUGUCGAUGAGCUAUGGGAGUUUGCGCAGAACUCUGGACCUCCGACAGUUGACAAUGGUUUAAUCGAUGGGAUGAAUGUCUUUGGAGAAGACGGCAAUCCAGCUCAAACCGGAAAGCGCUUUAAUAUGACCUUUAUUCCAGGGCGGUGCUAUCGAUUGCGACUUGGAAAUGCGGCUUGCGAUACCCAUUUCAAGUUCAGUAUCGAUCACCAUUCCCUCACAGUGAUUGCUGCAGACCUAGUUCCAAUCAGACCAUAUAACACAACGGUUCUGGACAUCGCGAUAGGUCAACGCUACGAUGUCAUCGUCCACGCAAACCAAAAACCUACCACUGAGAAAUCCUCAACUUUCUGGCUCCGCGCAAUCCCCCAAACAAGCUGCUCAAAAAACAGCAACGCGGCCAACAUCCGGGGUGUAAUAACCUACAGAAACCCAGGAGAAAAGGAUCAUGAACCUCUCACACUCCCAACAACAUCACCACACAACUACACAGACAGUUGUAUCGACGAAGAUCCCACAAAUCUAAUACCAAUCAUCACGCCCGACUUCACCCCGUCCGAAAAAAUAACCUACAACAAAUCCCUCCCGGUGGGAAUAACUCUCGAUGCAAAGAACCACUACCGCUGGACAUUAAACGGCACUUCCAUGCAACUAGACCGGGCAAACCCCACACUACAAACGAUCGCCUCAACCCCAGACCACGACUCCGCAAACAGCUCACACUCACACCCACACUCACACUCACGCACAGACGCAGUGAUCGACCUACCCGACACCGACUCCUGGACACUAAUAAUAAUAGAAACAACCCUAGCCGCGCCGCACCCUGUGCAUCUGCACGGGCACGACUUUCUCAUCAUUGCGCAGGGCCAGGGACCGUAUCGGGAUCACCAUCGGUCCCCUGCAGAUGCAGGCUUCAGCUCGACCCCAGCCCGGGCCUUGGACCUGGAUCCGGCCUCGACCAAAACAAAGAUCCAAACCCAAACCCCAACCCAAACGCCGAAUGUGGGUGUUGGUGUUGGUGGUAGUGGGGCUAUUACGUUUUUGUCGGGAUCUUUUCCAAAACGCGAUACGGCACUUCUUCCUGCGUCGGGUCAUUUGGUUAUUGCGUUUAAGACGGAUAAUCCUGGUGCGUGGCUGUUGCAUUGUCAUAUUGGGUGGCAUCUUGAGCAGGGGUUUGGGGUACAGUUUGUUGAGCGUGAGGAUGAAGUGCGAAGGCUAUUUGAAGGGCAGUGGAGGGAAUUGGGAGAGUCGAUGGAGGAAAGGUGUGGGCGGUGGGAGGAAUACUGGGGAAAGUAUGGAGAUGAAAAUGGAUCGGGUGUGUAA